AUGUCUGAAGUCGUCGAUACUAACAGCCUCAUGUGCACGGAGGAAGAUGUCUUAAAGCUCUGGCAGUCUGCUUUGCUCACCAACCCGGGUAUUGCUUCAAAGAUGACUCUAGAGGAUCUCCGAUCCUGGUAUGGAGGAUACUACGCCCCCGAUGGAACGCGGCUCUAUAGACACUCCUCCGUAUCGCAAGCUUUGACCUCAGGAGAGCUCGUGUCGUAUUUGAAACAUAAAGAACUGCUAGGCCGAGGCUACCAGAAUAUUUCAUUAGCCUCCAAGGACGCCAAAGCAGAGCUUCUUGUUCUCGCUUCAGGAGGGUCAACUCGAAUUUUCCUUUCUCCAAUAGGCAAACUAAAGAUUCAAGAUCCUGGUCCAAGCGUAGACGACGACGGAACAUUCACGCUGCUGGUAGCCAUGGGACUUCUUAGUGUCAAGAGAAUCUCGGAAAUGCCUCACAAUCCCGACUUUGGACGUGUUCGAAUUCCGAACAAGGAGGUCCAUCUCGGAUUCUGGGGCGACUGGGUCGAGGUAAAAGCCCAGGACUACUGGUGGCGCUAUGGCAGCCGCUCCUCGCUCCUCGCCGACGAGCUCCAUGCUUCAAUCCUUUCAGGCGACGUGAACCGUGUUCAAUUAUCCCUCAACCAGACUCUUGAGUCCAUGACUUUCUCCGUUUCUGACCGCUUAGGCGACACGGGCUACGCCUUCUUCAUUCUCAGUCUUCUUCACUACCGCACGGAAUCUAGGGACGGGUGGGCAUAUGCAAGUGAAAUUGAGCCUCGAUCUGGCAGAAUUGAUAUCAGGGCCGUCAAUCUAACCGAAUUGAACAAAGAAGUCCUUCUCUGUGUUCAAGCAGCGCGCUCGAGCCUGGAGGAAGCCUCGGAGUUGUUGGACCGCUUCAAGUCUCACUGUCGAGAAGGAGAAUCUAAAACUCUGGAUGUGUCUACUGGCAGUGCGGGGGAGGUCGACUCCGAGAUGUCCACCAUGCUUGAUUCUAUGACCAUCUAG